AUGACAACUCCUAUAAGAUUGCCUUCCAAUCUACCCUUCCCUGUAACUAUUGCGAAAUUGUGUGUUUCAACAGGCGAUGAGGUCAAGAAAGGCCAGAGGCUUUUUGUUUACAAGUACUGGGAACUACAAGAUGUGAUAACAGCUCCGAAUGAGGAAAGCACCAAGAAAAAGGUAAGAGUGGAUUUGGUGGGGACUUUUGACUCGCCAAUAGAGGGCACCAUCAUGGCACUCAACCUCAGCUUAGGAGACGAAUUUGUGAGUGAUUCGGCGGUGGUGGCGGAGGUUAGCCAACCUUGUACGCACGACGUUACAUAUGGGUCCCUAUGUGUGGUUUGCGGCAAAGCUGUGGAAGAAUACGAAGACCAGAAUCUCAACAACACCGGAUUCUCUAAUAGUAAAUUGACCAUGGCCCAUAAUAACACGAACAUCAAAGUUUCGGAGCGCCAGGCGGCGUCGAUCGAGAAAACUACACAAAAGCAACUUCGGGAACUCAAAAAGUUGGUUCUGGUGGUAGAUCUGGACCAAACGGUGAUCCAUUGUGGCGUGGACCCUACCAUCAAAGAGUGGGCUAACGAUCCUUCCAACCCGAAUUUUGAUGCCCUUAAAAACGUUCAAUCUUUUUCGCUUGACGAAGACCCGGUGCUGCCGCCGUUUUAUAUGGGUCCCCGUCCACCAACCCGUAAAUGUCAGUACUACGUGAAGCUGAGACCAGGAUUACAAGAGUUUUUCGAAAAAGUAGCUCCUCACUUUGAGCUCCAUAUUUAUACCAUGGCUACUAGGGCUUACGCUCUGGAAAUUGCCAAGAUAAUAGACCCGGCUGGUGAGCUUUUCGGUGACCGGAUCUUGUCGCGCGACGAAAAUGGCUCCCUUACUCACAAGUCUCUUGAGAGAUUGUUCCCAAUGGAUCAAUCCAUGGUUGUUAUCAUCGAUGACAGAGGUGACGUAUGGAGCUGGUGUCCGAAUCUGAUCAAAGUGGUACCUUACGAUUUUUUCGUAGGUGUUGGUGACAUCAACUCCAACUUCCUGCCGAGGCAACAAAACUCCAUGUUGCAUAUGGGCAGAAGACAUCGCAAAAAGGCAGAAGAGGAAGAGCUUUUAACAGACAUAAUGGACACGGAAAAAAAACUACAGGAAAAGAUUGAUCAAGAGGUUAAAAAACAGGAGGAACAAUUCAAUAAAAUAACAGAAGAGAAUCAAACCGAUCGGCCCAUUUCAAAGGAAGAUCUGGCUAAAAAACUGGAGCACAACGCUUCUCUGGAAGUCCAACAACAAAAUAGGCCGCUGGCGGAAUUACAGAAGCACAUGCAUAAUCAAAAGCUUUUAAUUGAUGACGAUGACGAGCUUCCGCAUCUGUCGGGAAUACUAUUGAGAGUUCAUAAAACGUAUUAUGAGGAGCUAGCCAAGGACGAAGAAUUGCCCGAUAUCAAAAAGUUGUUGCCAGCCAUGAAGGCCAAAGUUUUACAAGGCUGCAACUUCGUGUUUUCAGGCCUGAUUCCUUUGGGCACGGAUGUGCGGCAGGCAGACAUUGCUUUAUGGACGGGUAUGUUUGGGGCGGUGACUUCAAGUGAUGUGGACGAAAAUACCACCCAUAUCGUCACCAAAACUCCAGGAACAUUCAAAGCCCGCUUGGCGAAGGCCUUUAACCCCAGCAUAAAAGUCGUUCACCCGGACUGGAUAUUCGAGUGUUUAGUCCAGUGGCAAAGGACAAGCGAGCAGCCUUACGAACUGCUCACAGAACAAGCGGUCACGGAGGAAGAGCUUGAGGACUUCAAAAAAAGACUAGAAAAGAGGAAGGCCGCCGAACAUACCAUUCGCGAAAGAGCCACUCAGGCCUCUGUCAAUGAGGUUGAUCUGCUGGCCGGCGACGAUAUGUGGCUGGAUAACGAUGAUGACGAAAUGGACGAGUUUCUCAAUGAUGAAGACGAGGACGAAGAUGAGGACGAGAACGAAAUCGAUAAAAACGACUCGGAGGCAAGCCAAAAAAUAAAGACGGCUCUUGAUUCACCCCAGUACUCCAGAGAGGCGUCUGUGAGCGACGGACCUGGUGACCGAAAGCGAUCAAUUUCUUCUGAUGAGGACUCAGAUCAUAAACGUCAACACCGCGAGUUAGAGAAUGAAGGUGCGGAUGAAUCCCACGACAAAGACGAAAAUGACGAUGACGAUCUAGAAGCAGAGCUUCUGCUCGAGCUGGAAGGAUGA